AUGGGUCUCAAAGUCGAGCGAACCGAGCUGGAUUUGAUGUACGAUUGGUGGCCCGAUAAUUUCGGUUCACUUUUCGACAUGGGUUGCAAGGCUUUCGAAAUGCUUUUUCAUCAUCGACCCCAGCUCAAAUCCUACUUUGCCGAGGAAUGGAAAGAGGAUCAGAAACGAUCAAGAAAAUCGUGCUCAUACUUUAGAACAAAAAUCACCAAUUUCUCAAAAAGGCAAAUUACCGAAAAUAAUUUUCUGACGCAUGCAAAGCAGACGCUUGUGCAAUGUGUGAAUACGUAUGGCGAUGUGGCGGCUCCAUUGAAUGCACAUGAUGAAUUCUUAAAGCAUUUGAGAGAGCUCGGCGGCCUUCACCGAAUCAUCCUGCCUCCUCAC